AUGUCGGCAGCUAACACAGACAUUGAAGAUCAAGAUGAAACUAGUAUGGAGUCCAAUUUUUGCAGGCAAGCAUACAAUAGUAAAGAAAAUAUCAUUCAAGCAGUAUUGAACUAUCUAUGGUCAGCGGGCUGUUCUUUUGUGGUGCAAUUUUCAUUUACAUCACGAUCUAAGAGGUCUUCCAAAUUUAUUCCUCAUUCGUGUCUUAUUGGAGCCUAUAUAGCCAAGAAAGUAUAUGGACGGCAAAAUAAUGAUAGUGUAAGGGCAUUUUUCUAG